AUGUCUUCUUCGCAAUCACAGCCAACACUGUCCCUUGAUGAUGAAGAGCUGGAUUAUGUGGUGGCUGAAAAUAUCACUACCUUUGUAGCAUCAAAACAACCUUUGUCGAUCACAUCUUCAUCAGAUACACCUCAACGUGCGAAGAAACUAUUAAACAAUAAUUUUAAUUCUCCAGCAACACCAAUUCAUAAGAGGAUGGAUUCCAUCUCGCAAACUUUCAUUAUGAAUCUAAGUCCGUUGCGUGAUAUCAAGGAAGAUAAAUUCUAUGAAGUUGAAACACAAUUGCAAACAUGGAUUGAGAAGACUUUGAAUAUUCAGUUCGCAAAAAAAGAAUCGGGAUAUAAGGAACCAUCAUCAUCUUCAUCCGAUGUUACCACAAGGAAAGAAAGUUCAAGAAACUUUUACUAUAAUCUUGAAAAUGGAUACAUUCUUUGCAAUUUACUUCAUUUCUACUUUCCAAAUUAUAUCAACAUGGAAAAGGUUGUCAAAUUUGAUCAACAAUUAUUUACUCUAACGAAUGACAAGACAUACAACAGUAAUUACUUGUGCAAUGCCAAAAACAACAUGGCUCUGUUUUUGGCUGGUUUGCGAAAGAUUGAUGGCUUUCCUGUAGAUUUGUUAUUUAACUUUGAAGAUGUAUUCUUGCAGAAAAAUAAGAAAUUAAUUUUAUGCUCUCUUACUCAACUACAUGAGAAAGCUCUCUUCUUCAGACAUCAACAAAAGGAAAUUGAAAAAGAAUAUCAAGAAGAACAGAAGUUCUUUGAAGAGUUUGAAGAGGAUCUUCGUUCCAUUCAAGAGGAUGAAUUGUCAUCUGGAAUUAUUUCUCCAAGAGACAAUCCAGAGCUUGCCAAAGUUGUUUUGGAUAAGCUUAAGAGAGAAUCUGUUGCUGUAACUCCAACAACAGAACAAUUUCUUCCUCCACCGCCUUUGUUAUCCACAAAUCAGUUACAAGUACAGACCAAGAAAACUCCCAGUCCAUCACAACGGCCACCCCUACCUCCACUUCCUAAAACGCACAAAACUCAGCCAUCAGAUUCCAUAGCAGAUUUCUUAGAUCAGUUGGACGCAUCUUCAAAUGAGGAUAAUACUGGUAGUGCCAUCAAGAGCAUUAUUUCAGUUUUCACACUACCAUUGGUAAUUGUGUUUGUACUCUUCCUAAAGGUCUACACAAUAUUUGGAAAAAAGAAAAUGCAAUAA